AGUAAAAUGGCGGCGAAUGUGUUGCCGGAGAAAGUUUCUGAGAACAGCAUCAGAGUGUUAAAUACUUUGUUUGACAAGAAUUUAAAGACAUACUUUAGUUUUGAAGUGGGCUUUUGUAAUGCACACCAGCCUUACUCCUUCCGGAAAGCGUAUAUUGAAUGUCCACAAUUUUUAAGUCACAAACGUGAUAACGUCCCAGCUGUGCAGUUACACAAGUUGCUGGCUUCGGCUUUUAAAAUUUUGAGACCAUGUGAAAAGAAUGGAAUUAAAGUCGUCCGUCUCCCAGGCACAACUAAUGAGCUUUUUAGGAAUCAACAAGAUGCAGUGAAAUUUCUGAUUCUUUUCAUUGAAAACUACAAGGAUCAUGAAGAGGCUUUUCAUAUGGCAAUGAGAGAAGAAAAAGAGCCCGAGAGGGUUGAAUGUGCUGUCCUUGGUGCCCACAUUUUCUCCAGCUUAGCACUUGGCGGUAUAGUGAAAAUGAAGAAUACAACAGGCCAGGCUGAAGAGUGUCCAUGUUCUUGUGGAAUGAUCUUGUCAGCAGGAAACACUGGAAUAGGUCACAAGAAAGUUUGGCAUGGAUUUCCGGAUCUACUAGUGAACCACACCGCAGUCACAGUUACACGGAGAACAAUUGAUGUAGAUGAAAGUCGUGAGGAAUACCGCCCAAGUACAUCUAAAAGGAUAAGACUUGAGAAAAUGGAAAGUGUUGAAUCUGAAUAUGAAGCAUGUAACAAACAGAACACUCUUUAUGGCAUAGAUUUUUCUGCCCAGUUAAUAAGUCAAGCUAUAACGCAUGGUUUUGCACAGAGAAAAAAAUAUAAUUUUGUUAAUUGUCUGGUUCCUACUAUUGGAUUUACUCUGAACAGACUCUUGAUUUAUUUGUAUGAUCCAGACCGGGAUAUAUUACUUCGGAGAAAGGAUAGAUUAGAAUUGAUGGAUCAGAAUGAUUGUCUUAUAUUGCCAGCAGUCGUUGAACUUUGGUUCAUUUUGAACCUACAUCUUUUUGGAGCAACAAUGUCAGAGCAGAUUUGUUCAAAACUAUGCAAAAGUGGUUUAAAAUCACAUUUAGAAGAAUUUGGUGGUCUGGAUAUUUACCAACAAUCUCUUCUAGUGGGUGCUGGAAAGAAUGAGUUGUCUCAGGGAAUACAACUUGAUGCAAACAUUCUAGCCAGUAAACAUGCUUUUUGUUUUGUAGAUCAGUAAAUUUAUGUUGAGAGAGUAUCUUUCAGGCCAAUGCUUGUUUGUAAGUAAUUUGUUAGCUGAACACGGUCCAUUUUUCAUCAGAAUGUUGAUACAAUACAAACAUGAUACAGGUUAACUUCAAACUUUAUAACAGUUUUGUCAUGCUGUAGCUGAAUUUUGCUUUAUUAUACCUUUUAUUCAUCUUAGUUUUAGGGAAAAAAUGCAAGUACAAUUCAGGAGAGCACAGAGUCAUUGCAUAAAGGUGAGCUCUUACUCAAGACCUGAUCUCUGGUAUCUGCUGUUGUUUAUUGCCAGACUUUGACAUUUUCAAACCACUUCCCAUUAGCUGCUGCUUAAUGGAUACUCAUUUGAAUUUGAUCAGUAGUGUUGAGACAUUAGGUCUGUCUUUGUAUUUGGUCAUAUGGGGUUGCUCAACUUUAAACUAAAGAGGACAGCAGAACCAAGAAUGGAGCCCCUGUCAAAUUAGUUCAAAAAGUUUCAGGACUAAAAAUUAAAACUCUUCCAGGCCCCGACCUCAUUUAUACCUGCUUGAUAGAUUUUCACUAAAGUUUGUAAUAGACAUCUCAUCAGAACUUGUUUAAUUGGUACAUGCUGGUCCAAUAGUAGGGAACCAGUGUCAGAAUCCAGUUUUGCCACUGUUCUGAUAGUUUCAGUAUUGAGUGUAGAAUUAGCCAGUCAGAAAUUGUUUAAAAACCCCAAUUUUUAUGAUGUUGGACCCUGGCAUGGAAUUUUCUUAAGACAGUAAUAGAGCAGUCCAGCUAGGUUAACAUCCACCAGACUGGCAAACAUUGAAUCUGUUUGUGAUCUAAGUUUUGUACAAGAUCAGUUUUUCCUCAACUUACGUACAUUGAAAUUAAAAACUGUCAGUGCCAGUUUCUGACAGAUCAGUUUUCCUGGAGUGUUUGUUUAAGACAUAGAGGUUUCAUUUCCUUCUAGACAUGGUAGAAUCAUUUCCUUCUAGACAAGGUAGAUUAAAUUAAAAAUUUGCUUCUAGACAAGGUAGAUUAAUUUCCGUCUAGACAAGGUGGAUUAAUUUCCUUCUCUAGACUAGGUAGAUUCGUUUCCUUCUAGACAAGGUAGAUGUAGUUUCAAGUUUAAAGUCAGGUGGAUGACUUUGGCCUUUUUGUUAAUAAUUACUAUCUCACUUUUUAGCUUGACUAUCCAAAGAAUAGUAGAGCUAUUGGACUCGCCCGUGCAUUGGUGUCCGCAUCUGCAUCGGCAUCCCGAUUUGGUUAAGUUUUUGUACAGGUUCCAUAACUCUAUUUUGCUUUUUUACAAAAUUAUACCCUUUUUUCGACUUUGGUUAAGGUUUUGUAUGUAAGCUGGUAUCUCAGUAUCCACUAAUGGGAAUGGAUUGAAACUUCACACACUUGUUCACUGUCAUGAUCUGACAUGCACUGUGCAGGUCCCAUAACUCUACUUGGCAUUUUGUUCAAAAUUAUGCACCUUUUUCGACUUAGCCGUUUUUGUAUGUAAGCAGGUAUUUCAGUAUCCACUAAUGGGAAUGGAUAUAAACUUCACACACUUGUCCACUGUCAUGAGCUAAUAAACACUAUGCAGGUUCCAUAACGCUGUUUCCCAUUUUUACAAAUUUAUGCCCCUUUUUUGACUUUUGUAUUCAUUCAAUUGACCAGGCUGUUGAAUAGUCAAGCAUUGCUGUCCUCCGACAGCUCUUGUUGUAUAAUUUGAGAUUUUAUACUAUGUGACUUUUGGGAAUCUCUUCAUGAUCUUGAUAGAUGGCAAUAACAGGAAUGAAAAUGGUAUGAAUCAUAACUAGAAUGCUUUCCAUGUAUAGUGAGUAUAACAAGUGAACAUGAAACACAGCUUGAUACUAGUGCAUUAAUAGAUCUUAUACAUUCACUGCAGUAGUUUUUCUAAUUAUUUUCUCUUUCAUUGUUUCUUGAUUUUUCAUCUAUAUCCAGUGUUAAACCCAUACUGCCACACUUUCUGUUUCCAGGAUAUAUUCCUAAGGCACAUUUGUUUGUUUAAUAAUCACAUUUAGCAAAUAUGCUUAAGGUGAGCUGUUGUUUUUAGCUCACCUGUCACGUAGUGACAAGGUGAGCUUUUGUGAUCACCCUUCGUCCGUCGUCCGUCCGUGCAUCAACAAUUCCUUGUCUGCACAGUAGUGGUUUCAUUUAUGAUUUUAUUUUAACCAAACUUGCACUUAACUUGUAUCACCAUAAGAUCACAGUUCCUUUCUUGAACUGGCCAGAUCCCAUUAUGGGUUCCAGAGUUAUGGCCCCUGAAAGGGCCAAAAUUAGCUAUUUUGACCUUGUCUGCACAAUAGCAGCUUUAUUUAUGAUUUGAUUUUUACCAAACUGGCACACAACUUGUAUCACCACGAGAUCUUGGUUCCUAUCUUGAACUGGCCAGAUUCCAUUAUGGGUUCCAGAGUUAUGGACCCUUAAAGGGCCAGAAUUAGCUAUUUUGACCUUGUCUGCACAAUAGCAGCUUCAUUUAUGAUUUGAAUUUAACCAAACUUGCACACUACUUGUAUCACCAUAAAAUCUUGGUUCCUUUCUUGAACUGGCGAGAUUCCUUUAUGGGUUCCAGAGUUAUGGCCCCUGAAAGGGCCAAAAUUAGCUAUUUUGACCUUGUCUGCACAAUAGCAGCUUCAUUUAUGAUUUGAAUUUAAUCAAACUUGCACAAAACUUGUGUCACCAUAAGAUCUCGGUUCCUUUCUUGAUCCGGCCAGAUCCCACAAUGGGUUCCAGAGUUAUGGCCCCUGAAAGGGCCAAAAUUAGCUAUUUUGACCUUGUCUGCACAAUAGCAGCUUCAUUUAUGAUUUGAUUUUAACCAAACUUGCACACAACUUGUAUCACCAUGAGAUCUUGCUUCCUUUCUUCAGCUGGCCAGAUUCCAUCAUGGGUUCCAGGGUUAUGGCCCCUUAAAAGUCCAAAAUUGGCUAUUUUGGCUUUUGCAGCCAUAUAGAGACUUCAUUUAUGGGUUUAUUUUAUACAAACUUCCAAAAUAUCUUCAACAACAAUAAAUCUUGGAUUCCAUGACAAGUCAGAUCCAAGCGUAGAUUCCAGAGUUAUUUUAUAUCUGAUUACCUCCCCUGAUUGUAAUCAAAAUGGAUUUAUAUCAUUAAGUACUUAUAGGACUUAUUUGAAAUUUCAUUAUUGUUAUUAGUUGGACAGAGACAAUCAGGGUAGAUAACUAUGGACUGGUUUUAUUUCAAAUUACCUCCCUUUAUUUCAAAUUAAGAUGGGUAUAUCUCCAUAACUAAUGAAGAUACUGAUCUGAAAUUUUAUUUAUGUCAACAGAUUUAUUUGGCAGAUCCUUCUUUUGUUCACUUACAAUAUUUAUUUUUAGCUCAUCUGAUUUUUUGAAAAAAAAUGAUGAGUUAUUGUCAUCACUUGAGCGGUUGUCGGCGUCGGCGUCGGCGUCGGCGUUGCCUGGUUAAGUUUUAUGUUUAGGUCAGCUUUUCUCCUAAACUAUCAAAGCUAUUGCUUUGAAACUUGGAAUACUUGUUCACCAUCAUAAGCUGACCCUGUAUAGCAAGAAACAUAACUCCAUCUUGCUUUUUGCAAGAUUUAUGGCCCCUUUUGUACUUAGAAAAUAUCAGAUUUCUUGGUUAAGUUUUAUGUUUAGGUCAGCUUUUCUCCUAAACUAUCAAAGCUAUUGCUUUGAAACUUGGAAUACUUGUUCACCAUCAUAAGCAGACCCUGUACAUCAAGAAACAUAACUCCAUCUUGCUUUUUGCAAGAUUUAUUGCCCCUUUUGGACUUAGAAAAUCAGUUUUCUUGGUUAAGUUUUAUGUUUAGGUCAGCUUUUAUCCUAAACUAUCAAAGCUAUUGCUUUAAAACUUGCAACACUUGUUCACCAUCAUAAGUUGACCCUGUAUAGCAAGAAACAUAACUCCGUCCUGCUUUUUGCAAGAUUUAUGGCCCCUUUUGGACUUAGAAAAUAUCAGAUUUCUUGGUUAAGUUUUAUGUUUAGGUCAACUUUUCUCUUAAACUAUCAAAGCUAUUGCUUUGAAACUUGCAACACUUGUUCACCAUCAUAAGCUGACCCUGUACAGCAAGCAACAUAACUCCAUCCUGCUUUUUGCAAUAAUUAUUGCCCCUUUUGGACUUAGAAAAUCAUUUUCUUGGUUGAGUAUUAUGUUUAAGUCAACUUUUCUCAUAAACUAUCAAAGCUAUUGCUUUAAAACUUGCAACAGUUUUUCACAUUCAUAAGUGGACACUGUACAUCAAGAAACAUAACUCUAUCCUGCUUUUUGCAAGAAUGAUGGCCCUUUUUAGACUUAGAAAAUCAUGGGUAGGACAAUAUUUCUAUUACACAAAAAAAAUCAGAUGAGCGUCAGCACCCGCAAGGCGGUGCUCUUGUUUUAAUUACUUCCCUUUUAUGUUACUAUAAAUAGCUUAUUUUUAGUAACUUUUUUAUUAUUGGCGGUAGGGAAAAACCAAGACCACUUUUCUGUGGUACAACAUGGAUGGUACCUCCAAUUUUUAGGUGUAUUUUGACAUAUUUAUACCUUGUAAGAAUUUUUUUUUCUUUUUGGUUAAAUUUCUUCCCUUUGUUGUUCCUGUCCUUUGGACUUUGAUAUUUUACUGAGGACCUUCUUGUCCUCAAGUGCAAUGAUAACAGGUGAGCGAUAUAGGGCCAUCAUGGCCCUCUUGUUUGUGUCUGUCUUAGUGUAUAGUGCAUAAGAGGUACUAAUUUUGACUCAUUGAGACUUUGUUGAAUGUGUGCUUUGGUAAAAGAUUAGACUAAGUUUCAUACAGGCUCAAACAGUUUCAGUUUCAGAUAUUAUGAAAUUCUUGUUAACACUAAAAAAAUUAGAGGAAACAUUUUCUGCUUCAUCAUCACUGAAUUUUGUCAGAAUGUUAGUCCUUAUUAUGCUACCCACAUUUAUGUGGGAGGGGGGCAUGAAGCGUUGAUGCUGUCUGUACAUCGGACGAUUCCGUCUAUACAUGCAUACAGUAAUAGUGUGUGUUUAACUACACCCCCACUAUUAACCUGAUUUGCUUCAAACUUUCACAGAUGAACAAGCUUAAUGUGCAAAGGAAGAAUUAACUUUUACUGUGAUUAUUUUUACCACAGUUGAGGGUAAAAAAUAGGUCACUAGGGUAAGUCAUAGAAAAUCUAUGUUAACCCUACAUGCCGCAUUUUCUACCUGAUCUUCAUGAAACUUUAUACAAUGUUCAUAUUAUGCCAUGAUAUGUCCCAAAUGUUAAUGUAUACCAAUAUAUACAUGUACAAUAGUUAUGACAUUUUUAUGUCCGCUCUGUUACUCUUGAACUGCUUGAAGGAUUCACCACAUCGAGAUAACGUGCAGAGCGCAUGUUUUGGAUGGCUCACUUCUAGAUCAAGGUCCCACUUAGGGGUCAAAGGUCAUACCUUCGGGUGUAUUUUGCUCUGCAUUGCGUUGCUGUUGCUUUCUCCUUUUGUAACUUACCCCUGGUUUUAAUACAGUUUCUCUAAAUGGUAACGGAUCAGCCCUGGCAAUGCCCAGUCUCACUUUUGGAAAUAUUUUUGCAGAAGGACCUCCUUGAUUUGCAAGUUGUGGUGUGUUGGUUAUUUUUUAAAACCUACUCUAAAAAUUAUAACUAUUCUCUCUUUCUUUAGACAAAAACUGAUUCAAUUUAAUAAAUGAUAUAUGAUUAUGUAUCAUUUUAUCAGUCAAAUAUAUAAAUACUGAUGAUUUUCCUUGAAUUUAUACAUGUACAUGCAUGUCAUAAUAAGAUAUGAGAAAUUUGAAAAGAUGUUUCUGAAGUGUAAGAUUAACAAUUUUCAGCUUUUUAAUUGUUACCUCUUAAUAUAGAAAAAAUGUGAUCUUUGAUUCUCUAUUCUGUUAUGUAAAAGUUUCAGAGUUUGAUCAAUGAUUUCAUGUACAUCUUUAUUUGAACAAUAAAACAAGUCAUUCAAAACAAG